UGGCUUUGGGAACCUAAAGGGUUGUCAUUCAAUGUUCCAGUACAUCUUGAUCGCUUUAACAGUAACACUUGCCAAUGCUGUUAAUAUAGCACUGAAUAAACCAGCCCGACAGAUAACUACUUUGGGUCCUACUAGAUUUGCAACAAAAGCAAAUGAUGGAAGUACAACACCCGCGACGGAUCCUAACUGUGCGCACACACUUUUACCUUUAUCUGGUAUACCUAAUUGGUGGUAUGUGGACCUACAAUCAUCAUAUACCAUAAACAGUGUUGGCAUACGUAACAGAGAUGAGUGUUGUUCACACCGUACAAGUGAUUUCUACAUAACUGUUUGGGAAUUCGAUCCAGGACCCCACAUCAAAGACAACAUGGAAGUGACGUAUUUUACGUGCAAGUAUUAUGCGGGACAAGUACCAACUAGUAGUGUGGUCAUUAUACCUUGUACAACUACAUGCACAGGGCGAUUUGUUGCCUUGAUACUUACUAAGCGAACUGAAAUGAAUAUCUGUGAGGUCGAAGUUUAUGGAACUCCUGCUCCACUACCAUUACGAACUUCAAUGAAAAUUUCAAAAUUCAAGAAUAAAAAGGCUAUUCCGUCAGUGACACCCACUGUCUACAAUACUCAGAAUAUACUCCAAUGCUCUAUUAUGUGUAUGAAAGAUGACCAGUGUUUCAGUUUCAACUACAAGUUCAGUGCAGGAGGAAAUUGCGAAUUAUUGAGUGUGGGGGUCCACCCUAUCGAGGAAACCGUGGUAAGUUUAGAAUGGACCUGGAGUGUUUUGUCAAAGAGAAAUGAAGAUGUGUGUAAACUUGCUGGGCCAUAAAACUAAUAUCAAAGAACCAGUCACUAUAGCCAUUAUACAGACCAAGAUGAAUUAUUGUGAAUUGUACCAGUAGACUAAUAUACGAGACACCAGAUAAAACCUACAUGCUUAGCUCAUGCGAUCCUACAAAUGCACAAUCCCCAGACCGAAACCAUGGCACUUGAAACCAUUCACGAUGCUGUGUGGUUGUUUCUUAAAUUUGGUAGUGUGCGAUUUAUAUUUCUUAUUUACGGGUUUUACACAAAUCUGUUUCCUUGAGUUAAAGUUACAAUUUCAUAUUUUUAAGUUAUAUUUUUAAAAUGUAGUAAAAUAAAGCCCUAAAAUAGAUGGUAUCUAUAAAUAGUCCUACCUUGUUAAAGAAUAAUCCUAUUAAUCCUAUAAUUCACUAUUGCCAGUUGAG